AAGACAAGGAGGGGCCAGGAGCCGUCGCCUUGAACACAGAGGAGCGUCUGUUCACUGUUAAUACCACUCUUGCUCAUCGCCCUGCACGAUGGAUAUAAUAUUUGGCAGAAAUAAGAAGGAACAACUGGAGCCUUUGAGGGCCAGAGUGACAGGCAGGAUUCCAGCAUGGCUGCAGGGGACCCUGCUCCGCAACGGGCCUGGGAUGCACACGGUGGGUGAGACCAGAUACAACCACUGGUUCGAUGGCCUGGCCUUGCUCCACAGCUUCACAAUCAGAGACGGUGAAGUCUAUUACAGGAGCAAAUACCUGAGAAGUGAUACCUACAAUGCCAAUAUUGAAGCGAACAGGAUUGUGGUGUCGGAAUUUGGAACAAUGGCCUAUUCGGACCCCUGCAAAAACAUAUUUUCCAAAGCUUUCUCCUACCUGUCCCACACCAUCCCUGAUUUCACAGACAACUGUCUGAUCAACAUCAUGAAGUGUGGAGAAGACCUCUAUGCAACCAUGGAGACCAAUUACAUCAGGAAAAUCAACCCCCAGACCCUGGAAACCCUGGAGAAGGUUGAUUAUCGUAAACACGUGGCUGUAAAUCUGGCAACAUCACAUCCUCAUUACGAUGACGCUGGAAAUGCUCUCAACAUUGGCACGUCCUUCGUGGACAAGGGGAAGACAAAAUAUGUGAUCUUAAAAUCCCUGCCAGCAUCCCUCCCACCAGGCGGGAAGAAGGGGCUGAGCCCCCUGAAACACAUGGAGGUGUUCUGUUCCAUCACCUCCCACUCGCUCCUCUCCCCGAGCUAUUACCACAGCUUCGGAGUCACCGAGAGCUACAUCGUUUUCCUCGAGCAGCCUUUCAAGAUGGAUAUCCUCAAGAUGGCAACCGCCUACAUGCGGGGCGUGAGCUGGGCUUCCUGCCUGGCUUUCCACAGGGAGGACCAGACUUACAUUCACAUCAUUGACCAAAGGACGAGGAAGCCCGUGCUGACCAAAUUUUACACGGACCCCAUGGUGGUGUUUCAUCACGUCAACGCCUAUGAAGAGGACGGCUGCCUUCUGUUCGAUGUCAUUGCCUACGAGGACGGCAGCCUUUACCAGCGCUUCUACUUGGCCAGCCUGGACAAGGUCCAGGAGAACUCCAGGCUCACCUCCAUCCCAGCCCUCACGAGGUCUGCAGUGCCCCUCCACGUGGACAAGAAUGCAGAGGCGGGCUCCAAUUUAAUCAAACUGUCAUCUACAACAGCAAGAGCCCUGAAGGAAAAAGAGGACCAAGUCUACUGCCAGCCGGAGUUGCUUUAUGAAGGUUUAGAGCUGCCUCGGAUCAAUUAUGCUCACAAUGGGAAGCGAUACCGCUAUGUCUUUGCUGCUGAAGUCCAGUGGAGCCCCAUCCCAACCAAGAUAAUAAAGUACGACAUUCUCACGAAGUCAUCCUUGAAGUGGGGAGAGGUGCGCUGCUGGCCGGCAGAGCCGGUGUUCGUGCCCACACCGGGUGCCGAGGACGAGGAUCACGGGAUUAUCUUAUCAGCCAUUGUCUCUACCGAUCCCCAGAAGCUGCCUUUUCUGCUGGUUCUGGAUGCCAAAACUUGUACAGAAUUGGCUCGUGCCUCCGUUGAUGUAGAGAUGCACCUGGAUCUCCAUGGGCUGUUCAUCCCAGGUGCCAACUGGAACGCGGGGAAGCAGGCCCCUUCCCGGGAGGGGCGGGACAGGGCUGCUGAGCGCCGUGUGGCCCCAAGGCCUGACAGGGUGGGGGCCUGGGCCCUGGAGAACAGCUCCACCAGACUCAAGGGUGGUCCUUCCCUGGGUGGGGGGCGGGGCCCUUCAUUUUAUCUUGCACUUAUUCUUUCCAUGCUCUUCUAA